GUCAUGUCACGAUUACUGCCACUGACAUCACUCAUUUUGGCCUAUAGUUGUCAUUGGAACCAAUGAGAGCAAAGCGCCUGCACAGCGAUUCUUUCGGACAGGGCUGACCGUGAAACUACGAUGUUCGAUAUUUUUGACAUCCGAUACAUCCGUAACGCAAAAAGCACCUCUAUGGACCUAUACUGGCAGAUGGCUGUACUUUAUUGCUACCAAAGUUUUCUUUUUAUAAACUCACGCAUGAUGAUUGGGCGGCUAACAAGCUUGAAGGCUAUGAUGCGUACGGAAGAGGAUUUUCAGCCAAGAUUCUGCGCAGCCCCCAGGGCUAGAAGUUCGAUUCGAUUCGAAAGGACUCUUUUGAAGUGUGCUCCCUCAUGGACGACGCCUUAUAAAGCUGGAUGGUGGAUAUCCGGACAAUUACGACACCCAUCACAUCUUCCCACUUUUUAUCCACCUUGUGCUGCACCUUCUCGAGCCAGGGUUGUGCUCAGUCUGUUUUUCUAUCAGAACGCCUUGGUAUACACAUCAUGGAACAUCGUCCGUUUGACUCGUCUCCGCCCAUUCCGGACCCUUCAUCUGCGCCUUUCCCGUCAUUUUCUAUGCCCAUGCCUGAGAUUUAUGCGCAAAUGCCUAGCGCUGAAGUACCGUACGGACAGCCGUAUGCCUCUGAGAACUCAUACGCCUCUGAGACCCCAUACACCUCCGAACCCCCAUAUGCUUCUGAGCAUCUCGCCUCUGAGCAACCAUACCACCCCGACUACCCAUAUCCAUUCCAGCAGUCUCAGCAACCAUAUGAUGUCCCUCCUCACGUGUCAGUGCCAUUUGAUCGCGCUGAUCUGCCGCUUGAGCCAUGGGUCCCAGAGGUACCGGAGCAGUCGGACGGGGAGGAAGUUGACUCCAUGACUGAGCCUAUCCGCAUUCCUACCCCUGAGCAUGUGCAAACAGGAGCAUCUGUUUCGCGCAGGCCAUCGCGCUUACAGCGUUUGGCUUCCUUACUAGGACUGAAGCCCAAGAAAUCGUCAGCCUCUCAUCAUUCCUGAAUUCAUAACCCCAGAUCGAAUACUUGAAAUUAUUGGCAUAAGUCGUCGUG